AGCAGUUGUGGAUCGAGCUCUCUGAGGCGACGCGAGCACCUGCCGCGGGCAGCCUCAGGGGCACAGGCAUGAGCCGGGCGAUCUCCGAGGCGCCGCCGGCCGGGCCAUGCCUCGGCCACCUUGGGCUGGAGCUGUCCACCGCGGUCUGCAUCAUCGAGGGCAGGUUCUAUCGGGUGCGCCUGCGAGCGAGUCGCAGGAGGCGUUGUUGCGGACGGUCCCUCGGGAGAAGGCCGUCUUCUUCUGCACGGACAGCGACCUCGUCUACCAGCCGUUCUACAAAGAUUUUGGCCCGAUGAACCUGUCGUCGUUCCUUCCUCCAAAUACACGUGUACGCCAAGAUGGUGCAGUCCAAGCUCGACGACCCCGCACUGGCCGGGAGGUGCCUCGUCCACUAUUGCUCCCCGGACGCCCAGAAGCGGACGAACGCAGCCUGGCUGGCGAGCGCGUAUCAGGUGAUGGUCCUGGGCAGAUCCCCGGAGAUCGCGCACGGGCGUUUCAAGCAGCUCGAUUUGGAGUUCUUGCCGUACCGCGACGCCCUCCGCGGCCCGUGUUCGUACGAUUGCACCGUGUCAGAUUGCUUGAUGGGUCUCCAGGUUGCCAUCGACCUCGGGUGGUUUGACUGGAAACGCUUCAACAGACGCUCAUAUGAUUACUUCGCGAAUUUCCAGAACGGCGACAUGAAUUGGAUCAUUCCUCGCAAGUUUCUGGCGUUUGCUUCGCCUUCGCCAACUUCGCUCGAUGCUGACGGGUACCCAGCUCUCACCCCAGAAGACUAUGCGCCAAUGUUCCAUGAGGGCAACAUUCGCUUGGUUGUUCGGUUGAACAAGAAGCAGUACGACGCAAAGCGCUUCGUCAAUCAGGGCAUCAAGCAUCUGGAUCUGUACUUCUCGGACGGCAGCUGCCCCUCGCCAGACAUCGUCCGCAAGUUCUUGACAGUCACGGAGAACGAGCCUGGCGCAGUCGCGGUGCACUGCAAGGCUGGGCUGGGCAGAUCUGGCACGCUCAUCGGGCUCUACGCGAUGAAGCACUACCGGUUCCCGGCCAGAGCUUUCAUCGGCUGGAUCAGGACGUGCAGGCCGGGCAGCGUGCUGGGCCCCCAGCAGCAGUUCCUGGUCGACAUGGAGCACGACAUGUUCCAGGCCGGGGCGGCCGCGCGGCUACCGCGGCAUUGGCCGUCGGCCGAAGCGACUGACGAGGAGCUCGUGGCUCAGCAUUUCCAGCGCAUGAAGCUCCAGGGCUGCAAGGGUGAGGACUUCGAGGACGUUGGGCAGGGCGAGUCGCUGACGAGUGCGAAGCGCCGCUUCCAAGCGGAGCACGCUACGCCGAGCGUCGUCGCCUGUGACGUCUGAGAGGCCACGCCACGCGGGUGCCGCAGCAGUUCCGGCGGGCCGUCUCGGCGGCGGAGUGCGACCACAGCUGCGCGCAGGAGCCCGCCAGCAUCCGUCCUCCUGGCCGCGCGAGCACCCGCGUCGAAGUCGGCUGCGGGUCUGCGUCCGCCCGGGGUGGCGCGGUGAUGCCCUGAGGUCGGGGAGCGUCUCGAUGCGAGGCGCCGCAGACAACACCCGACUCCAGGUCUCCACGAGCUUGUUUUUUUCCCCCACUGGGGCGCAGCGGGUGUUGCCACAGGGGCUGCAUCCGCCAGGUGGCGCAACCGUGCCCCGAGACGUAGGGGCGCGGCCCAGUGCGGGGCGCAGCAGGGAGCGCAGGCGACUGCAGGCUUCCAUGCUUCCAGGAGUUUGUUUUUUGCCCGCUGGGGCGCAGCGGGUCUUGAAGCGGGUGCGUUCACUACACGAAUUGGCCGUACCACGUUGAUGUAUGGAUCUGUACGUCUCCGCAGAAGGGGGUGGCACAAUGAUGCCCUGAGAUCAGGGGGCGGCCCGAUGCGUGACGCAGGGAGCGCAGCCCGUCUUUUUACCCGCAGGGGCGUCACGGGUGUUACCCGGGCUUCCCCCCCCAUCUGAUCUUGACCCUCAUGUUUGCGAGGCCAGGCCGUGCCUCCUUGCAGGGCCGUGUCACAGCUGCGCAGGAGCCGCAUAGUUCUCGUGGGCACCAGGUCUUUGCGACCACGUUCGUUGCUCUAUUUCCCCACCCUCCUCUUCCUUCUCCUCCUCUUCCUCCUCCUCCCCCUCCUACCACCACCUCGGUCUGGUGACGUUGGGAGCACCCGGCGCGCCCCUUUGGCGCGCCACCAUGUGAUGCGCGCCCCUCGCCCGGCGGUUGACGCCGGUGUCACGGGCUGGCUCGGGACCUCGUCACCCUUUUAACCAUUGUGCUGGCGCACGCGAAGGUUCACGCUCUUUGCCCAUCUCAGGGCAACGUUGGUCAGAGCUGGCGAGCGGUCGAUUUCUCCUCGCCCUGCGAGGGGCGCAGCCGUCCCGCACCCAAGGCGGUGGUGGCUGUGCUGCAUGGCUAGGUUCCGCAUUGUAAGGCAGCCCCGAUCUUGGUCACUCUUCGAGGAGCCGAAGGGUCUCCACGCCUUGACUGCGGGCGUCGUGCUGCAAUGUCAUGCCCGCGGCUGCUCUUGCUCAGGGCACCUGCGCUGGUGGCCCAACCUACACCUUCAGUCAUACGUCGUGCAUCACACGAGUAUUCUUGUUGUUGCACCGCCGUCUCUUUUGCAGGUCAGCACACGCCAGAUGUGAUCUGACGCUCUGAGGCGGCACGCUCGAGAAGAGCGCUUGGAACGGAAUUGCAGCAGGACGGCAGCUGCUGCAGUGGAUGGUCAAGUCCGCACGCUCAUCUGCUGCAGGACACGGCGUGUUACGCUACUACUGGCCAGUGUUUGGAACGUCUGAUUUAUCAGGUUAAUGUUGAAGUAGCCUGGCGAAGGUGGUCUUCUGAUCAUAUGGUGCGGACCAGGAGAUGAAGGCGACGCGCGGCGAAGCGCAGAGGAAGCUAGGGCCAGGCUCCACAGGAGGGCUGGGGGAGCCUUCUGGCACUGCGGUGCACGUCGCGCCUGGUUCACGGCGGAGCCAGGCGAACUGUCUUUACGAUCGCCAGUUGGACGGCGACAGGCACAGUUUGAGUUGCACGGCGACAGGCAUAGCUUGCGAAUCGCAGAUAUGAUUAGAUCGGACACAGCAUCCCGUGCCUUGUGCGAAACCGUUUGUGCCGUAUUGGGCAAAAAGAAGGUGUCCGCAGUGUCGAAG